CAACGCUGCCGUGAAUAUACAUUUUGAGAGAAAAUUUUGUUCUGGAGCGCCACAGUACAUAGCCGUUCCAAACAGCAGUUAAUAAAAACACUUAAGGACUGCUGCCGGAUACAAAAAAAAACAAUAAAAGCUUAACUUUACCGGAAAAGGCUGAGUAGGCAACAUUUGAAGCCUGCGCCGCAGCCGCCGCCGUCGUCGUCAUACAAAAUGAAUAAACCAAAGAUCAGCGCGAUUUUUCGUUAGUUUUUUCGAAAAUUUCAAUUUGUCUCAUCGUCCGCAUCCGCAUAGUCAUAGCCAUUUGAUAGGAUAGAUUGCUUUUUAUCACCACAACAACAACAACAUCAUCAUCAUCAUCAACAACAACUAUAACCACCCAUCGACAGCGUUGUGAGGCAAGAUCUUCGUCUAGACGAGAGAACAGCAGCUGCCGCUUAAUCCUUAACGCACACACACACACAUACAAACGUACAUAUAUUUAGUUAUGUCAUCAACCGCCGGCAAACGCAAGGAAAUCUACAAAUACCUAGCACCAUGGCCAUUGUACUCCAUGAACUGGAGCGUGCGCCCAGACAAACGUUUUCGUUUGGCCCUGGGCAGCUUUAUCGAGGAGUACAACAACAAAGUGCAAAUCAUCAGCCUGGACGAGGACACCAGCGAAUUUAGUGCUAAAAGCACAUUUGACCAUCCAUAUCCCACAACAAAGAUCAUGUGGAUACCAGACUCCAAGGGCAUCUAUCCUGAUCUUUUGGCCACCAGUGGUGACUAUCUGCGCGUCUGGCGUGCCGGAGAGCCAGACACACGACUCGAGUGCGUGCUCAAUAAUAAUAAGAAUAGUGAUUUUUGUGCGCCCCUAACGUCAUUCGACUGGAACGAAGUAGAUCCAAAUCUGGUGGGCACAUCAUCCAUCGACACCACAUGCACAAUAUGGGGCCUGGAGACGGGACAGCCGCACGCACGCGUCUAUGUGGCUGGACAUGUGAAGACUCAGCUAAUAGCCCACGACAAAGAGGUCUAUGACAUUGCAUUUUCACGUGCCGGCGGCGGCCGGGAUAUGUUUGCCUCCGUGGGCGCCGACGGCUCCGUGCGCAUGUUCGAUUUGCGUCACCUCGAGCACUCGACCAUUAUCUAUGAGGACCCAGCGCAUACGGCGCUUUUACGCUUAGCCUGGAACAAACAGGAUCCGAAUUACUUGGCCACAGUUGCUCAGGAUUCGUGCGAAGUUAUUAUUUUAGAUGUUCGUGUUCCUUGUACACCUGUUGCAAGACUGAGCAAUCACAGAGCGUGCGUCAACGGUAUUGCGUGGGCGCCGCAUAGUUCCUGUCAUAUUUGCACUGCCGGUGAUGAUCACCAAGCACUGAUCUGGGAUAUACAACAAAUGCCACGCGCAAUCGAGGAUCCAAUUUUAGCCUAUACAGCUGCUGAGGGCGAAGUCAAUCAAAUACAAUGGGGAGCCACGCAACCCGAUUGGAUAGCCAUUUGCUAUAAUAAAGCGUGCGAGAUUCUGCGGGUCUAAGAGUCAAUUCGGUUAAUUCUUCUUGCCCACACCACACCACACACACGCCCACUCGCAACUCCCACACUGCUGCUCAGAGCAGAAGAGAAGCAGCAGCAACGAAACCAACACACACACACAUGCACACACAACACUUACACAUGCAUAAGCAUUGUAGUUGUAGAUCUUUUGUAGUCGCAACAGCUUUUUGUUUAAACAAAACUUUUGUUAUCAUUAUUUUGUUUUUGUGUAAGGAUAUUGAUUUGUAUCCCCCCGCCCCCACACUCGAUGGGGAGGCUGUCUGUCUACUGUGUUUGGCUGGAGAGCGCGCAGUGCAGUGGUCAGCGUUUUAUAUUAGACGUCAUAGCUCUUAGUUUAUACAUAUAUAUGCAUAUAAUAUAUAUAUUUAACAUUUAAGUCAUUUAAACGGUAAA